AAUAUUGAGAUAUAGGAGCGAUAAGAUAUAUAAUGCAUACAAUAUGCAUAUAUAACUUGAAAAUAUCUAGGUUCUGCAGUUGCCCAGCAUAUCCGUAACACGUUACGCUGGAGAGAAUACGACGUCUAUGUCAUUUAACUUUCUUGUAACGCUUCGGCGCAUUAUGUUCAUUCGUUGUAUGCUAGUUGAGUUCAGUUCGUGAUAAGGGUCGAUCGUACGUUUCAUUUAUCGUAUUGCGCGGCUAGAAAAUAAGCACAUUCAAUAUGCCUAACAUCAAGAAUAGCGUCAAGGAUGCUUCAUAUUCUGUGGACAUAGGAGAAAUGCGAAUUAAAUAUAAGGAUAAGAGCGACACAUUUACUGAAGAUCAUCUCGAAAGCAAACAACCAUUUGGACAAUUCAAAGCAUGGUUUGAAAUCGCAUGCAACACUCCAGGAAUUUUGGAACCAAAUGCAAUGUUCCUUGCUACGGCUACCAAAUCCGGUAUACCAUCUGUGAGGCCAGUAUUAUUAAAAGGGUACGGUUCGGAGGGUUUUAAAUUUUAUACAAAUUACGAUAGUCGAAAAGCUGGUGAACUUGAUGAAAAUCCAAAUGCAGCUCUCACCUUUUAUUGGGAAGCGCUUAAACGUACCGUGCGAAUCGAAGGUACUGCCGAAAGAACAUCAUCGACCGAUUCUGAUUGUUACUUUAAUAGUAGACCAUAUCCUAGUCAAAUAGGAUCAAUGGCAAGUAAGCAAAGUAGCGUUAUUGCUGGUCGUGAAACACUUAUGGUCAAAGAAAAAGAGUUGCUGGAACAAUUUCCAGAAGGAAGCGUAAAAAGGCCGCCAAAUUGGGGUGGUUAUAUCGUUAUUCCAAAAAGCGUUGAAUUCUGGCAAGGCCAGAGUGAUCGUCUACACGAUAGGAUUCGCUUCAGAAGACGAAAACCUGGUGAGAAACCUGACAAUAUCCUUGUCCAUGAAGGAGAUGACGGUUGGGUUUAUGAAAGACUAUCGCCAUAAAAAAUAUUUAAAAAAUAUCCUAGCAUUUACGCAGGAGUCGAUAGUAUAUUUCUGUAUAUUUUGCAUCGGAGAAUAAUAAGGUUCUAGGUAAUAGAUAAAAAUUGCAGGCUGAAACAGUGGAUUCAGGUUGUGUCUUUCCGCGUUAGCUUUAAUAUUGCACGCUGUACGCCUGAAAUAUUGUUAAUAAUAUCCGAUAUAUUCAAAAUA